AUUAUGUCUUAUGAAUUAAAAAAAACAAACAGACCAGCUGUCGUAAUUCUGUACGGAAUUAACACGAACUUAAAUUGUUCUAUUACCCAAUAUGAUCAAGAAAUGUUGGGAGUUUAAUAUAUUUCGGAUGUCAAUCUUUUCGGGAGACAUUCAGUAAUAUGAUGGCUGAGUGAUCAUGACAAGUUCUGGAAACGGAGACCAUCCCUACAACCUUCGUUCCCGAAAACCAAGAAUGGUUCCCUAUUCCCAAUCUGGCUCCAGCUCCUUAGUUUCCAUGGAUACCAAAGAUGUGUUCCCCAGCGAUAUUCAUACUAACUUUACAGUGAAGCCAGAUGGCAGAGAGAAAAUUUUGUAUAAGACUAACAGUGGUAUAAAUGGCAAUACUUUACCAGCAUCUUUAGAAAUUGGAAGUGUUCGAGUUGAUGGAUUUGUAGACAAGGGUGGGGGUGAUUCAGUUAGUGCUAAUGGAUCUGAGAAAUCAGAAAAAGAAGAAUCAUUUAGAGAUGGUGACACAGAAGAAACCAGUUUUAUAAAUGGAAAUGCAGACACUCAGCCUUUGAUAGUAGAAGACAGUUUUGAUGAUGACAUUGGCAAAGUUAUUGUUAAGCUUGAGGAUAGCUCAGAGACUUCUCUGCAGAUCAUUCUGCAGGUGUCCUUUCCAUACUUGAUAGCAGGAUUUGGAAUGGUUGCAGCAGGAAUGGUGCUUGACGCAGUUCAGCACUGGCCUGUGUUUGUAGAAGUGUCCGAAAUUUUUGUUCUCGUGCCAGCGUUGCUUGGUCUAAAAGGAAAUUUAGAGAUGACUUUAGCUUCUAGACUUUCAACACAGGCUAAUUUGGGUAACAUGAGUAAAUCCUCUGAGAAGUGGAAGAUGAUUGCUGGAAAUAUGUCUCUCAUUCAGGCGCAGGCUCUGGUGGUUGGUUUCCUGGCAUCACUGUUUGCCAUGGUGAUGGGCUGGAUACCAGACGGCAAGUUUAACAUGCAGCACGCCCUCCUCCUGUGUGCUAGCAGCAUGUGUACAGCAGCCCUAGCCAGCUUUGUACUAGGUUGUGUGAUGGUUGGAGUGGUGCUGUUAUCGAAGAAGGUCAAUAUUAACCCAGACAACGUUGCCACGCCCAUUGCAGCCAGUCUCGGGGAUAUCACUACACUGUCUCUUCUUGCAGGGAUUGGAUCUUUACUCUUCAAGGCUAUAGGUACUCAACAGUGGUUGUCCCCCCUGUUGAUAGUUAUAUUUAUUCUCCUCAUACCACUAUGGAUCUACUUCUCCCUGCACAACAAGUAUACCCACGAUGUUGUGUAUAACGGAUGGAGUCCCGUCUUAAGUGCAAUGGUAAUCAGUAGUAUAGGGGGUGUGAUUCUGGGCUUCACAGUCUCCAAGUACCCGGGAAUAGCGGUAUUCCAGCCUGUGAUAAAUGGUGUGGGGGGUAACCUGGUUGCAGUUCAGGCCAGUCGUAUCUCCACCUCGCUCCACAAGGUCUGUCGCCCUGGUAACAUGCCGGUCAACAUGGUGCAGGGUUGCCCAAACUGCAUGGAGGCAUUUAUCGGCACUUCUGUGACAGCGCGUGCGGCCCGUAUGUUGCUGGCUCUAGUCAUCCCAGGGCACCUGAUCUUCAUGUACACCAUUUCCUUCAUGACUGCAGGACACACCAGCAUCACUCUCAAGUUCUCUCUGCUGUACCUCUCAGCAGCCGUACUACAGGUUGCCAUACUGUUGUACAUCGCUAACUGGAUGGUUCACUACAUCUGGCGUGUGGGGGACGACCCUGACAACGUGGCCAUACCGUACUUGACUGCCCUCGGGGACCUUCUGGGUACUGGGUUCCUUGCCCUUGCCUUCCAGAUACUCUUCAUGCUUGGGGACAGAGACAGUGACCUUGGCGACUGAGGUUGACGUAUCCCAUCUUAGGAUUGUGACUCGUCUUUUUGCCAUGGGAAUCCCUAGUUACUAACUGUUUUUUCAAUAAAAAAGUAAAAAUAUUUUCAAUCCAAAAAAAUAAGUGAAUUAUCCUAUAUUGAUUAAUGGUAAAUACUUAUAUAUACAGUAUAUUGGAAUUCUUAAAGUAUGCUCCUUUGAACUUGUUAUCUUACGCAUGUAUUUAUGAAAUUAAUGGCAGAAUUGAGUAUAGUAUUGUCUUCAAUUGUGAUGGGUGUUUUUAGCAUGGUUACCUAUUGUAGUCAUGUGUCAUAAAUACAGCUGAACCUAUUUGAAGAUAGAUCUGCUCUUAUAGUAUACGUGCUAUCAUGCAAACAACCAAGGUAUCUAUAAUCAUUGCAAAGCAGUUAAUUAUUUAAUAUCUUGAUAAAAUUUGCAUGUUUCUUAUGUUUUUGUAAUUUAUGCAAAAAUUACAUCUCAUGUUGAGAAACAUCUUACAGCUGAUCAUAUGAUUGCACCGGUAAUUUAUUUUCCCACUGAUAGCAAUGGUUUUUACCAGCCCACAUUCCACCUUGUUUUAAUACCGAUUGGACCAUACUAUGUUAUCUGGUGCUCGUAUUUUCCCAAGGCCUUUUGUUUUGCAAAUCGGUGUUAUUGUAAAGGACUUUUGUUUUAUGUUGAAAAAUGCAUGACUAUUCGUCAGAAGUGUUUGUAUAGAUAUAUGUUAGAGCAGUAAAUGGGUUUUAAAGUAAUUUCAUUAAAGGAAAGGGUAAUUUAAUUAUUUGUUAAAAAAUAAAGUUUAAAACCCAUGCUGUUUUCUUUACAUAAAUUAUAUUAAAAACUAGUUGACCUGACAUAAAUUAACAUAGUUGGCAUAUUUAGUGACACAGUUGAUUAGCAUUAUAAUAUAUUGGGUUUUGCCUGUGCACAAUUGUUGUAAUAAUGAAAAAUAAAACAUAAAAAUGCACUAAUACAAGUCAGAAAACUAGAAGUUUAAGGUCAUUAUAAAUGAUGUACUGUUUUAUGUAUUAAUUUAUUGUUAAAUGUAAUACUCACAAUUUUAAAAAAACACUUGUAUUUAAAUAAACAUAUUUGUGUAUAAAAACAUUAGUUUAAAAUGUGUUAUGUUUCGUUAAUAAUGUAAACUUUGUUAAUGUAAGUUAUUGUAAUAUACAUAUUAAUGUCAUUUAAUUUGGUGCAGUCCAUUCAAUAUUUUACAGUACUGGAUGUACAUGUGUUCAAUACAUUUGGUAUUGGAUUGGUCUGGGUUGUAUAAAAUAAUAAUGCCCAGGUCUAUCCAAAAUAGUAUCUUUCUUAAAACAAAUUAAUAGAAUUGACAUAUAAUGAUAAAUAAAAUGUUGAAACUUUAUUAUACCCCCACAAACGAAGUUUAGGGGGGUAAACAGGAGUGAGCUUGUCUGUCGGUCGGUCGGUCUGUCGGUUCGUAUUUAGUGUCCGCUCUCUAUUUCAAGUUGUUUUCAUCCAACCUUCACCAAACUUGGUCAGAUGUUGUAUCUAGAUAAUGUCUAGGUCAAGUUCGAAUAUGGGUCAUGCCGGGUCAAAAACUAGGUCACAGGGUGUUUUAGUGCGUUUUAAACAUUGAGCAUGGUGUCAGCUCUCUAAUUAAAGUAGUUUUCAUCCGAGCUUCACCAAACUUGGUCAGAAGUUGUAUCUAGAUGAUGUCUAGACCAAGUUCAAACAUGGGUCAUGGCAACUCAAAAACUAGGUCACGGCGUCACUUAUUGCAUUUUAAACAUUGAGCAUGGUGUCUGCUAUCUACUUAAAGUAGUUUUCAUCAAAUCUUCACCACACUUGGUCAGAAGUUGUAUCUAGAUAAUGUGUAGGUCAAGUUCAAACAUAGGCCAUGCUGGGUCAAAAACUAGGUCACGGGGUCACUAUGUGCGUUUUAAACAUUGAGCAUGGUGUCCGCUGUUUUUUGUGAAGACAACAUGCAAGAUAUUCUGUGUCAAUGGGGAAUGUGGGGGUAUUCGUUACGUCUGUGACAAAGCUCUAGUUUUUUUUAAUUCACUCAAUACAUGCUGGAAAUUACAUUUUGCAAUGUGGUAAAAAACUGGCGACUCCCCAAGGGCCAGGUGAAUUUUAAUGACUUGUAUCGUAAAUAUGUUUUAAAAUAUUUUCUGAAACUAAAAUGGUCAGGGAUUAAGUAUUUGGUGUGAAACUAUUUAUAGUGCUGCUUUUCUAAGCUUAUUAAAAUCAUGCCCUUUAAGUCAAAAUUGGUCAUGCCAAUUACGCAUGUUAGUAAUAAUAUACUGCCAUUCUGGGCCUCGUGUUCAUAUUGCAAGCUCAUUUCAUAAAAAAAUAAAAAAUGUAAUAUAUAAUUUAUUAAAAGAAAUUUAAUAUAUAUUUAACAGAAAUGUUGUAUGUAAAUAGAAAGUCUCAAUUAGUACUCUAACUGUCUAGUCAUGCUUCUCUUAUUUUUUCAUGCAUUGGUCGAACAUUUUGAUUAUCAUGUGCUUCACACUUUGUAGCUUCAUAAAUCAUAAUUAUCAAUUAUUUGUAGAAAUGGUUUUAAUGUAUUUAGUUUUAACUUGUUAAGGUAACUGGACUCUGGAACAUGUUCUUAUAUAUUUUAAGUCAUUGGAAAUUGUUAUUUAUGCCCUGGUAGGGCGUCCAUCCAUCAGUCUGUCCAUCAUUCCGUUUUUAUCGAGGAUUUUUACGGAACAUUUUCAGAUAUUGAGCUAAUUUUUGGUAUGUGAAUCUGCCUACAUGACCUACAAAUUAAAUGUGAGUUGCCGUCUGGUCCAUAAUUUUUGGCAAAGUUAUUGGUGUUGGAUUUAGAAUUCUUUAUAAUAACCGAUUUCUGGAGGUUUUUUACGCAACACUUUCAGAUAUUCAGCUUAUAUUUGGUAUGUGAGUCUACCUAAAUGACCUAAAGAUGAAGUUUGAGUUUUGAUCUGGUCCAUCGAUUUUUUUAAGAAGUUCGUUCUGGUCCAUUGAUUUUUAUGCUCCCCCAAAAAAAUUUUGGGGGGAGCAUAUAGUCGCCGCUCUGUCUGUCCGUCCGUCCAUGCACAAUUUUUGUCAGGGCUAUUUCUCAGCAACUAAUGACCGGAAUUCAAUGAAACUUUAUGGGAAGCUUCACUACCAAGAGGAGAUGUGCAUAUUAUCAGCCGGUUCUGGUCGGAUGAUUUUUCACAGAGUUAUGGCCCUUUGAAAUUUUCCAUUAACUGUACAUAUAGUGCAAUUCUUGUCGGGGCUAUUUCUCAGCAACUAAUGACCGGAAUUCAAUGAAACUUUAUGGGAAGCUUCACUACCAAGAGGAGAUGUGCGUAUUUAUAAGCCGGUUCUCGUCGGAUGAUUUUUCACAGAGUUAUGGCCCUUUGUAAUUUUCCAUUGUACAUAUAGUGCAAUUCUUGUCCGAGCUAUUUCUCAGCAACUUAUUACGGGAAUUCAAUGAAACUUAUUGGGAAGCUUCACUACCAACAGGAGAUGUGCAUAUUAUCAGCCGGUUAUGGUCAGAUGAUUUUUCACAGAGUUAUGGCCCUUUGAAAUUUUCUAUAAACUGUUCAUAUAGUGCAAUUCUUGUCCGGGCUAUUUCUCCCCAACUAUGGACUGGAAUUCAAUGAAGCUUUAUGGGAAGCUUAACUACCUUGAGGACAUGCGCAUGUUAUUUGUGGGAUCUGGUUAGAUGAUUUAUUUUUAGAGAGUUAUGGCCCUUUGAAAUUUUUAAGUUGCUAAACCAUCCAUCGUAUUAUUUUGUCCAAAGUUAUGCCCCUCAAGACGUUUCCUUUUAUCUGAAUAUAUAGUGCAAUAUUGUGACAAAAAAAAAACUUUGGGGUACAUCACCCGUCUCUGACGGUUUCUUGUUUGAGAAGUUAUUGGCACUUUACUUCAAAAUUUUCUGUUUACCUGAGUGUUUUUACGAAAAUCUUUCAGAUAUGUAUUAGUAGCUGAUUUAUGGUAUGUGAGUCUAUCUACAUGACUUACAGAUGUUUAAGUUUAGUUCGGGAUCUUUUUUGGCAAAUUUAUUGACCUUAGACUAAACAAUUUUCUCUAAAAUAGCUACUGUGCGGCUUCAAAGCGCAGUAGGGAGCAUUACGUUUCACAAGCGCAGGUCUUGUUUUAGUAUGAAAUUGUAAUUCAUGCAGAACACUAGUUAUAGCAUAUAAAUGUCAUUUUUUUGCAUUAGAAAAACCGUGUUUCAAAAGCCAGGCAGUUUUUCAGUAUUUGUUGUUUAAUAAUGACAAUAGUGAAACUUUUGUAAUUGCAUAAACUGAUUUUUUUUUUAUUGCAUAAUAAUUAUGUGAAAAUGACUGACAUUUUGUUUUGCAAUCUGAUUUUCUUCUUUUAUGACCAAGAUGCAUACAUAUAUUACAAACAUCUCAAAAUUCAUGCAGUCUUGUCAGGGCUACCCUUUCUGUUAUUAAGUCACUUAAGAUUUUAUUAUUUCAUUAGCGGUCAGGGCAGCUUCCGACUAGCCUGAGCAAAUUUGCAUGGAGGUCUGGAGUCACCCUGGCUGCAUAUGGCAUAAGACCCAUUUUCACAUGAUGUAGAUUUUGCUUAUAAAACAAUUUGUGUUGUUUCGUGUCAAUAUUGCUAGAGACGAAAUGCAUGUUACCAUUUUUUUUAUUAAGGUAGGAGAUCAUGGGUUCAACAAUCGUUUUAUUUCUAAAUAUCUUAACAAAUACGUUUUCUACUUUUAAUGAAUCGUAGUACUUUGUGAAAGAGGAACCAACAAUUUUCUAUAUAACCUGUUUUAGGUGUGUUUUUACACCCUUUCCAUAAUAAUAUAUGUAAAUAUGCUAUACUUGGCAUGUUUUUCUGUGAUUGUUAAUAGUGUUUAUUCCUUUUUUGACAUACCUUUUUUAUGUCCCCCACCACUAUAGUGGGGGACAUAUUGUUUUUGCCCUGUCUGUUGGUUGGUUGGUCUGUUGGUUUGCGCCAACUUUAACAUUUUGCAAUAACUUUUGCUAUAUUGAAGAUAGCAACUUCAUUUUUGGCAUGCAUGUGUUAUCAUGGAGCUGCACAUUUUGAGUGGUAAAAAGUCAAGGUCAUCCUUCAAGGUCAAAGGUCAAAAACACUAAAUCAAAGCAGCGCAGAAGGGGACAUAGUGUUUCUGACAAACACAUUUGUUGUUUCAACAUGUUAGUUAUUUUUUACUCCUUUAAUUUAAUGCCCAUUUAAUUAAUGGAAUUUAAAAAUGAUGAGGUUUAAUUUUAAAGGAUAGCAUAUGUACAUAUUAAGAUUUAUAUUCAUAUUAACACUGAAUCUUUAAAGUAUUUUAUGAUGUGUUCAAUUGUAAAUGACAAUAUUUCCAACAGAGGCAUUUGUGUGUUUGUUAUUAGAAUUUUCUUCAUGUUAUAAAAAUUAUAAAAUAAUAUAUAAAUCAACAUAUAUGAAUUUGAAAUGCAGCUGUUGUAAAAUUUAUCUAUGCUUAUAAAUUGUUUUAAAAGGAUGCUAAUGUUAUAUGUAGUAAUUGUUUUUAAAGCAGGAACUUGAAACAUUCCUACUUUUAUUAAAAUAAUAACAGGCAGUAACAGAAUAUGUUGGCGACAGAAAAAAUACUCUGCUUAAAACAAGAAAGUAGACCUGAAUAAGAUUUAUUUAUUAUAUUUUAUACUGUUAACAUGUUUCUUUUGCAAAAUGUUAUGUAAUUAUGAAACUUUUCGGUUGAAAAACUUACUUAUUGAUGUGAUGCAAUUUAUAUCGUGAUUUAUAUUGGUUCGGGUUUAAGACUUUGAAUAUGCCAAAUGUAUUCAUUUUUAUAAUUGAACUAUUUAUUCAUCUCGGUGCAUAAGUCACAAAAUAUGAUAUGUUAAAAUCCUUCAUGACAAAAUACAUUAUUUACCAAUUUA